GAAGAGGAGGCGGGCGGGUGACAUCACCGGGAGUGCUCCACCUGCUGGGGCAAUUAGUGGCGGCGGAUGGGGCCGAGUCACAUCUGCGGAGACCACCCCGGCCUAAGAAGCUGCGCCAGGACACAGGUCGACCAGCGUCUCCAACCCCGCCGGCGGAGACCCCGAGUUAGAGCAACCGCGGGGGUCUGGCCCCCUCUCCAGAGCGAGCAGCGAGCGCGCGGUGCACAGCGAGGCCGGCCGCCCGCGGAGCCUCGGAGCCCGGCGGGACGCCGCGAUGUUCCCCAAGGAGGCGACGUGGAACAUCUCGUUCGCAGGUUGCGGCUUCCUCGGCGUCUACCACGUCGGCGUGGCCUCCUGCCUCCUCGAGCACUCGCCCUUCCUGGUGGCCAACGCCACGCACAUCUACGGCGCCUCGGCUGGGGCGCUCACGGCCACCGUGCUGGUCACCGGGGCCUGCCUGGGGGAGGCAGGUGCAAACAUCAUUGAGGUGUCAAAGGAGGCCCGGAAGCGGUUCUUGGGCCCACUGCAUCCCUCCUUCAACCUGGUGAAGAUCAUCCGUGGCUGCCUGCUGAAGAUACUACCUGCUGAUGGCCACGAGCGUGCAAGCGGGCGCCUGGGCAUCUCCCUGACCCGCGUCUCGGACGGCGAGAACGUCAUUAUCACCCACUUCAACUCCAAGGAGGAGCUCAUCCAGGCCAAUGUGUGCAGCACCUUCAUCCCUGUGUACUGCGGCCUCAUCCCUCCUUCCCUCCAGGGGGAGCGCUACGUGGACGGUGGCAUCUCCGACAACCUGCCACUCUAUGAGCUCAGGAACACCAUCACAGUGUCCCCCUUCUCGGGAGAGAGCGACAUCUGCCCACAGGACAGCUCCAGCAACAUCCAUGAGCUCCGGGUCACCAACACCAGCAUCCAGCUCAACCUGCGCAACCUCUACCGCCUCUCCAAGGCCCUGUUCCCACCCGAGCCCCUGGUGCUUCGAGAGAUGUGCAAGCAGGGUUACAGGGAUGGCCUGCGCUUCCUGCGGCGGAACGGUCUCCUGAAUCGGCCUAACCCCUUGCUGGCACUGCCUCCUGCCUGCCCCCAGGUCCCUGAGGAUGAGGAUGCACAGAAGGCUGAGGCAGCCAUGGAGAGGACUGCAGUGAAGGGUCACUUGCAGCCACCUGGGGAGGAUCACAUCCUGGAGCACCUACCCUCAAGGCUCAACGAGGCCCUGCUGGAGGCCUGCAUGGAGCCCAGUGAUCUGCUGACCACGCUCUCCAACAUGCUGCCUGUGCGUCUGGCCACAGCCAUGAUGGUGCCCUACACUCUGCCGCUGGAGAGCGCUGUGUCCUUCACCAUCCGCUUGCUGGAGUGGCUCCCCGAUGUCCCGGAGGACAUCCGGUGGAUGAAGGAGCAGACAGGCAGUAUCUGCCAGUAUCUGAUGAUGCGCGCCAAAAGGAAGCUGGGCAGCCACCUGCCCUCCAGGCUGUCCGAGCAGGUGGAGCUGCGCCGCGCCCAGUCGCUUCCCUCUGUGCCGCUGUCCUACGUUGCCUACAGCGAGGCGCUGCCCAGCUGGAUGCGCAACAGCCUUUCGCUGGGGGACGUGCUGGCCAAGUGGGAGGAGCGCCAGCGCCAGCUGCUGCUGAGUCUCUUCUGCAGCAACGUGGCCUUCCCGCCUGACGCCCUGCGCAUGCGCGCCCCUGCGGGUCCCAGCCCCGCGCCCCCACAGCACACGCCUGGGUCGCCCCCAUGCUGAGCGCCCCUGCUCCAGCCUGCCCCAGUCCCCCUGGGACCCUGGUGCUGAGGGCUGGGCCCCCCAGCUCCCCUGCCCGGCGAGACGGGGGCCCUGGGACCCGCUGAGAUCCCCCUCCCGACCUCUCCGCCCCCGCUGCAGAGUGAGGAGAUGGGGGCCCCUCCUGCUGCCAGGGGGCGCUUUGCUGUCAGCCGACCACUCGCCUGCUGCACUAAGGAGGCAGGCACGUGGAGUACUCCUCCCCACAAGGCUCCCCUCUCUGUGCCUUAAUCUCUCCUUCCCAGACCCCACCCUGGAGUGGGGCGGUCAUGGCUGGGGCUCCUGCACCUGCCGCCCCUGCCCAACACCCCACCCAUAAGGGCAGUAUUACUCCUGAGAACUUUGCACCUGCUCCUUCCUCCACGUUUCUCUUGUUUUGCUGAAGCAUGUGUGUGAAGAAUUAUUUAUUUUUGCCAAAGCAGAUGUA